UUUCAGACCUCGAGUCGGAAAGUCCGUGCCCAUCGCGUGGCGAGAUUGCGUGAGUGAAACUUGAGUUGAGGCUCUGAUUCUCCUUAGUCAUUGAGUACAUCCGAUCUUUGGUAAAGUUGAAAAGGUGAACUGUGUGUUGUAUAACAUCUGCUGCCAAUCAUCAUGGAUGUAACCGAUGCCGAAUAUCAAUGUCAUAAGCAAAACACGUCGAGUCAGGCCAAAUCUUGCGUGAAUCGGGCAUCUUUUGUCUUCAUGGCCAAUUUUGAAAACUUCUUCUUGAGAUGGGGUAUCACUGUAGCCAAAAACCCGUGGACUUACAUCAUCGGCAGUAUUGUAAUAGCAGCUACAUGUUCGAUAGGGUUGCUGAACUUUACAGCCGAAAACAGGCCCACUAAACUUUGGAUCCCGCAAGAUUCGGGUUUCGUACACAAUUCGGAAUGGCUUCAGGAACAUUUCCCUAACGAGAUACGACUGCAAUCGUGGGUCUUGGUCGACGAUGAUGUACUGAGGCCUGAAACUUUUCUUUGGAUGCUCGAACUUCAUGAUAACAUAACCGAACUUGCCUCAACUAACGGAUACAAAUGGAAGGAUGUUUGUUUCAAGAUCCCAGUUGUAACUGAACCAGAGACCAAGCGAAGAAGGAAACGACAAACCAAUAGCAGUGAAAUCGAAUCUUUUGGUUUCGAGGAUUUCGAUUUUGACGGGUUCGAUUCAAAUUUUGAAGAUAUUUCAGCUCCUGCCCUAGAUCCCAAUUUCGAACCGGCCAUUGAUCUGCCUAUUGGAAUAUUCUGCGACAUCGUGGAAGGGCUGGAAGAAGCUUGUUUAGAGAACAACAUUCUAGAUAUCUGGAAUUAUAAAAAGGAAGUCAUCAGUAAACUUUCCAGACAGGAUAUCAUCAAUGCCAUCAACUCUGUUGAAAGGAGUAACCUUACCAGGGUCCAGUACAGCAAUCUGAUCGGCCAACCGCGUUACAACGAAUCGGGGCAUAUCGUCGGAGCUGGUUCGGUGCUCGUGCAAUUACUCACGCGUGUCAACUACUCACUGAUCACCCAUGACGCAACGUCAAACGACGCCGGAACGGGGGACCUUGUUGAUCCCAUUAGUCUUGAAUGGGAAGGAGCCUUUGUCAACCUGCUCCACAAUUUCACCGUCACUCUCAACAAUUCAAACUUGUAUUACAUGGCUUCCAGAAGUUUCGGAGAUAUUAGUUCGGCUACCAUCCUUGGUGAUGUGCGACUCCUCUCCGCUGGAAUUUGCGUCGUUUUCAUCUAUGUUCAGCUGAUGCUGGGCAAAUUCAAUUUGGUUGAACAACGCGCAUUUCUUUCCUUAACUGGAAUAGCUUCGGUUGCUAUGGCCAUCUUGGUCAGCUACGGCCUUUGCUCUGCGUUCGGGGUCUUCUACGGGCCCGUGCAUUCCAUAUUGCCGUUUUUGUUGCUGGGCAUUGGAAUCGACGACAUGUUCGUCAUCGUUCAAUGUUGGAGCAACUUGAACAAGGAAGAAAUGAAGAGAUCAUUGCCGGUUCGAAUUGGCAUCACCAUGAAACACGCCGGCGUGAGCAUCACGAUUACAUCAGUCACCGAUUUCGCAGCUUUCGCCGUUGGGGCCACAACAGUUUUGCCAUCGCUGCGAUCGUUUUGCAUAUACUCUGCCGUGGGGAUUUUAGCUACUUACCUAUUCCAGGCGUCUUUUUUCGUUGCCUGGCUGACAUUGGACCAAAGACGAAUUGAAAGCCAUCGCGACGGCAUGCUUCCCUGCUUCGUCCACCGUAACUGGAAACCCAGCACUUUGUCAAGGAUUGAACCUCUCCAGGUUUUCUUUUCGCGCAUUUUGGCCAAAUAUCUCUUCAAAUGGCCAGCCAAGGUUUUUAUCUUGAUUCUCUCCGCCUUUCUGUUGGGUGUUAAUACCUGGGGCUCAGUCCUUAUGCGUCAAGAGUUCAACCCGCUUUGGUUCAUUCCAACUUCGACAUAUCUGUCUCAAUACUUUUCGACCAUUGAGAGCCACUAUCCUGACAACGGGCAAUUGGCUUCGAUUUACAUUCAAACGACAAACUUGUCCAGCAACUUGGACCAGCUCGAAGCCUUAAUUGACACCGUGAGGAAUGAAACGCAAAUCGUGAGCCAAGUGGACGACUGGUUUACUGGGUUCAAGGACUUCACGGCCAAGCGGCACGCUAUUGACUGGUCGAGUCAGAAUAUGACAGACGAGCAAUUCUCGACGUACCUGAAGAAUUAUUUGUUUACCCAAAAGGGAGCGAAAUUUCGCAGUAAUUUUAAAUUUGAAAAAUCUUUGGAAUGCCGUUCUUCUAUCGCUCCACCUAUUUCGAUUACGAAUUUUGAUUUUGUCUUUCGGCCGUUUUCUGGCAGAGAAGAGCACAUCCCCGCCAUGAGACGGAUUAAAGAAAUUGCGGAAGAAUAUUCGCUUGAAUUCGGUAGUCAUGUGUUUGCCUCCGCCCGGAUAUUUUCGUCUUGGGAAACGGACGAAGUUAUCAUGGAAGAACUUUAUCGAAAUUUGGCUAUAGCCAUGGUCUGCGUCUUUGUCACAACUUUUAUUCUCAUUGCAAACUUGUUUGCGUGUCUACUGGUUCUCCUUUGCGUUGUCUUAACCUUGAUUUGCGUGAACGGAUCUAUGCACUUUUGGGGACUUACAAUUGACACUGUGUCUUGCAUUAACUUGGUGUUGGCGAUCGGACUUUGCGUCGAUUACGCUGCCCAUGUCGCUCACACUUUUAUGACCAAAACUGGAACCCGAAACGAACGUGCUGCUGCCACCAUUUCCUCUAUCGGCCCGGCCGUUUUUCAUGGUGGUUUCAGCACAUUUUUGGCCUUCAUUUUCCUUGCGAAUUCCGAUUCGCACGUUUUCCUCACGUUUUUUAAGAUAUUUGUCCUCGUCGUUGCAUACGGGCUAUUCCACGGAUUAUUAUUUUUCCCGGUUGUUCUUUCUUUAGUCGGCCCAGCUCCAUUUGAUGUAGCCGCUCCACCGGAUGUCGAAGACAAAGCCGUCACCGCCGAAGAACUUGAACCGCAAUUGAGUCAUCGAGAAAAUAAAACUCCUGAACAUCGGAGUAACACUAAACCGUUGCUCCUGUCGUCUUCACUGUUCCAUAACAACAAUGACACCAACACUUCGUCUGUGUGGAACUUGGCCCACUACACCAACCGGGCUGUGGAUCAUCGUGAUCACAUUUCUUCGGCGCCCACUCUACUAGCCAUAACGAUUUUUGUAGGAUUCACGCUGGCUGGACUAUUGCUGCUAUGGAGGAGAUAUCGUUACGCAAACAGAGAAGUGAUUUGUCAUUAUACUACACUGAACCAAGAGGUCACCCUUUCAGCGAAUGAUAUCUUAUCCUCGGAGACUAAUGAAGAUCACGAAUUUCAUCUGGACAUGAGUGACGACACACCUACCAGUAGCAGUGAUGACGAAGAACUACUUCGCAGCCAGCAGGUGCGUGGCAUGGCUACAUUGAAGAUGAUCUCCAUCCGUCUCAAGUCGGUUAAGAACAUCCAGAAGAUCACCCAGUCCAUGAAGAUGGUCUCAGCCGCUAAAUACACCAAGGCUGAGAGGGAAUUGAAAUUAGCUCGCCCUUAUGGAAUUGGAGCACAAGAGUUUUACAAAAAGGCUGAGGUCAAAGAUGAGGAGGGUGAUAAGGGACAACUGAUCAUCGCCGUUUCAUCCGAUCGUGGUCUGUGCGGUGCAGUCCACUCAUCGAUUGGCCGUAUUGUAAAAGCCGAUAUUGUUGCCAAUCCCAACACCAAAGUAGUCAUUGUUGGUGACAAAGUCCGAAACAUUUUGCAAAGGCUGUAUGGCAAGAACAUCGCCAUGGUAGUUACUGAAGUUGGUCGCAAACCAGCUGUUUUUGGUGAUGCUGCCGUUAUUGCGCAAAGCAUCAUCAACUCCGGUCUAGAGUUCAGCAAAGGAAAGAUCCUGUUCAACGCUUUCCGAACAGUUGUAUCUUUCCGUACGACUGAAAUGCCAUUGUACAGUCAGACUGCCGUGGCGAACGCUUCCAAGCUACCCGUUUACGACUCCCUGGACAGCGACGUCAUUCAAUCCUACACCGAGUUCUCAUUGGCCUCGCUCCUCUUCUACAGCAUGAAGGAGAACGCCACUUCUGAACAAUCCUCUCGUAUGACGGCCAUGGACAAUGCUAGCAAAAACGCAGGUGAGAUGAUUGAUAAACUGACGAUGACAUUCAACCGUACCCGUCAAGCUGUCAUCACUCGAGAGUUGAUUGAAAUCAUCUCCGGUGCCGCUGCUCUGGAAACCAAAAACUAGACCAGCAUUCUUAGGAAAAAACCAAGUCGAAAACGCAUCGCUCAUCAUCCACCAGAGCAAAAAGUUUUGUAGUAGAGUAAAUAAGAAGAGAUCGUUAUACUAUGCCUACGUCCCACACUGUAAAAUGAAAAGUAACCCAUGGUCAUCUUCUAUUGGUUGGUGAAACAAUAAAAAAAAAGCCAAAUGCCAA